GCUGAUUAGCAUUCAGUGGGUGCAGUUGGCCAGGAGCGAGCGGCGCGGGGGCCGGCGGGUGGGGGCGCGGCUGUCCCCCGGGAGCCGCAGUGGGACGGGGCACAGGAUGGCCGUGUUCUAACUGGGAUCCUCGCUGACGUGUGGCCGCCGGCUCCUUGGCAGCUGUCUUUUUGGACCAGUAGGCAGAGGGGAAACUGACGCUGACGAGCCUUUUGCAUCUUGGAAGGGACUGCAAUCUACUGUAGUGAAGAACAGAACCUCUCAAUCACGCGGUGUAAAUAAGAGACGGAGGGGAGUCCAAAAGAAAAGGAAGAGGAGGGGAAAAGUGUGUGUUGGGGGAGCGGGGAAAAGCAUUUUUGGUGGAUGGUAUGAAGCCAGCCAUGGAAACUGCAGCCGAGGAAAAUACUGAACAAAGCCAAGAGAGAAAAGUGAACAGCAGAGCUGAAAUGGAAAUUGGCAGGUACCACUGGAUGUACCCAGGCUCAAAGAACCAGCAGUACCAUCCCGUGCCAACCCUGGGGGACAGGGCUAGCCCCUUGAGCAGUCCAGGCUGCUUUGAAUGCUGCAUCAAGUGUCUGGGAGGAGUCCCCUACGCCUCUCUGGUGGCCACCAUCCUCUGCUUCUCUGGGGUGGCCCUGUUCUGUGGCUGUGGGCAUGUGGCCCUCGCGGGCACUGUGGCGAUCCUUGAGCAACACUUCUCCACCAACACCAGUGACCAUGCCUUGCUGAGUGAGGUAAUACAGCUGAUGCAGUAUGUCAUCUACGGGAUCGCGUCCUUCUUCUUCCUGUACGGGAUCAUUCUGUUGGCCGAGGGCUUCUACACCACGAGUGCGGUGAAGGAGCUGCACGGCGAGUUUAAAACCACUGCCUGCGGCCGCUGCAUCAGUGGCAUGGUGAGUCCGAGCCUCUGA